AUGGCACUAUCCGAAGAAAUCAUCGAAAAUGAACAAGAUAAUAUUGAGAAUAAAGAAAAUGAAGAAGAACAAAUAGAAAAUAAAGAGGAAGAAGAAGAAGAAGAAGAAAAUGAAAAUGAAGAAGAGGAAGAAGAUAACAAAGAUGAGGAGGAGGAGGAGGAAGAGUCAAUAUCAGCUGCUGUCGAAGAAAUUGAAGAUGACGAUGAUGAUGACGAAAAAGAAGAAGAAAAUAGUAAAAGUACAGAAAAAGAAGAUGAUGAAGAAGAUGAAGAGGAGGAAGAAGAAGAUGAUGAAGAAGAGAGGGAAGAGGUUGCACCAAUAUCAACAAGAAAUAAAAGACAAAGAACCGAAAAUGUACAAAGUAAAACAGCAAAUAAAAAAUCAGCACCCACAUCAAAUACAACAAAUGGUACUCACUCCAAUAAAGAGAAUGAACAACCACAGCAAAACAUUACAGAGCCAAAUUCAAAUAGAAAAGUUUUGGAAAUUGGUACACAUAUUUAUUGCCGUUGGAGAGAUGACCAAUAUCGUAAAUGUGAAAUUAUUGAUAAAAGAGAAGCAGAGUCAGAAUCAGGCACAUUCGAUUACUAUGUACAUUACCACGAGUUCAAUCGUCGUUUGGAUGAAUGGGUACACGAGAGUAGAAUGGAUUUCAGUCGUAUAGAGUCAGAAAAUAAACCAAAUGUACCAUUGGCAGAGAUUCAAUCAGAUGGUCAAUUUAGAAAAGUCACACGUCAAAUUAAAAGAAAGUAUGAAGAGAUGAACCACAUUCAAAAGGGUGCCGAUGAAGAUAACAAAUUGUCAGCUAUAGAAAAAGAACACGAAGAGAUCACCAAAGUAAAGAAUAUUAAUGUUAUAGAGUUGGGUCGUUAUGAAAUUGACACAUGGUAUUUCUCGCCAUACCCAGAAGAGUUUGCAAAAUGUGAUAAGUUAUUCCUUUGCGAAUUUUGUCUCAAGUAUAUGAAGAAAAAGAAAACACUUAAUAGACACAAAUUAAAAUGCGAUCUUCGUCAUCCACCAGGAAAUGAAAUCUAUAGAAGUGGUAACCUUUCAAUGUUUGAAGUCGAUGGCAAAAAAAAUAAAAUCUAUUGUCAAAAUCUUUGUCUCUUGGCCAAGUUGUUUUUAGAUCACAAAACUCUCUACUAUGAUAAUGCGAUCAAAGAGGUUGCCACAUGGUUGGCUAUUUCAAAAGAAAAAGAUUCACCCGAUGGUUACAAUCUUGCUUGUAUUUUAACACUACCACCCUAUCAACGUAAAGGGUUUGGAAAACUUCUUAUCUCAUUCUCUUACGAAUUAUCCAAAAAGGAAAACAAGGUUGGGACACCAGAAAAGCCUUUAUCAGAUUUGGGUUUACUCAGUUUUAGAUCUUAUUGGACCCAAGUUUUAUUAGAAAUUUUAAGAAAACAUAAAGGUAAUUUAUCAAUUUUAGAUAUAUCAAAUAUGACAUCUAUUAGAACCGAGGACGUUAUUAGUACUCUUCAAUCAUUAAAUUUAAUUAGAUAUUGGAAAGGUCAACAUAUCAUUUCUGUAACACCAAAAGCUAUUGAAGAGCAUCUCAAAGUUUAUUCAAAACAAUCCUCCCGUAUUGAUCCAAAAUGUAUACGUUGGGCACCACUAAACCCACCUACCGCCGAAAAGCAUCGUUAA